AUGCUCGAUGCUAUCAGACGAACCACUCUGAAUGAUGAUGUUUACGGAGAGGACCAAACCACCUCCGCUUUCGAGCGUGAGAUGGCUGCCAUUUGCGGUAAGGAGGCGGCCGCCUUCGUGAUCACCGGCACCAUGGCCAAUCAGCUCGCGUUGCGCACUCUCCUGAACGAGGCACCUCCAUAUGCCAUCAUGACGGACGCUCAGUCUCACAUCGUCCACUGGGAGGCGGGUGGCGCGGCAUUUAUCAAUGGAGCUAUGGUCCAGGCCAUUCGCCCGCUGAAUGGCAGGUACUUGACGGCGAUGGACGCGGAGAAGCACGCCGUGCUAGCCUACGAUGUGCACAAGGCGCCAACGCGCGUGAUCAGCAUCGAGAACACAAACUCGGGAACAAUUAUCCCACUCGCGGAGCUGCAACGUCUUCAUAGCUGGGCGAGGAGAAACCAAGUCUCGAUCCAUAUGGACGGUGCACGGCUGUUCGAUGCCGUCUGUGCCAGCGGGACCUCGCUGCGUGGCUUUGCGCAAUGUGCCGAUCUAGUCACGCUCGACUUCAGCAAGAACCUCGGCGCGCCGAUGGGAGCCAUGGUUCUCGGGACCACAAAUGCGAUCCAAAGACUGAAACGAACACGCAAAGGCCUAGGCGGCGGGAUGCGGCAGGCUGGUGUGCUAGCCGCUGCGGCCCGCCAGGCAGUCGUCGAGAACUUCGGACUCAGUGGAGUUGAUUCUGUUGGCACACUGGCGAGAAGUAACGAAAUUGCCAGGUCGAUUGGACAGCUUUGGACCGAAGGGGGUGGGCGUCUACUCCGAAGUGUUGAGACGAAUGUGGUCUGGGUAGACCUCAAAGCGUUGGGGAUCGAGGAGAAGGAAUGGAAUGCGGCGGGCAAAAGACGUGGCAUUUGUCUAGAUGGCAAGAGAAUAAUGUUCCAUCACCAGAUUUGCGAUGAGGCCGUACUGCAACUUCAGAGCGUUAUCAACGAGGUGCUUCCCAGCAAAAGCACUCAACCACAUAGUGCUUGGAUUGACUUCCGCGGAAAGGCAAGGCUAUAG